CAACCUUUAACAGCGAGCUCAGUACAAGCCACGAUGGCAACGCACGCACUCUUUGAGUCAGCAUCGGGAUACGCCAUCUUCGAUGUAAAACUCCAUGAAAACAUUGGCUCGCGUGUCAAAGCAGUCCAAGACUCCAUCAACGACCUCUCAAAAUUCGGCAAAAUGGUCACUCUUGUCAGUUUCUCGCCAUUCAAAAACGCAGCGGAUGCUCUCGAGAACAUGAACGACGUCUCAGAAGGCAUUCUCAGUGAUCAUCUUAAAUCUCUCCUCGAACUUAAUCUCUCGAAGCCUAAGAAGGGCUCCAGGAUAGUCCUCGCAGUCUCAGAAGUCGGACUCGCAAACUCCAUCUUCGAAAACCUCGCCAUAAAAUGCGACGCCUCUGAAACCUCCCAGGAAGUCCUCCGCGGCAUCCGCUUCCAUGCACCAAAGCUUCUCAAGGGCCUCGAUGCUACCGACCUCAUCAAAGCCCAACUCGGUCUCGGCCACUCCUACUCCCGCGCUAAAUUGAAGUUCAACGUCAACCGUGUGGACAAUAUGAUCAUACAAGCCAUCGCCCUUCUCGACCAGCUCGACAAGGACGUCAACUUGUUUGCCAUGCGUAUACGAGAGUGGUACGGCUAUCACUUCCCUGAACUCGUCAAACUCGUGCCAGACAACUACCAAUACGCCCGCAUUGCACAGUUCAUAGGCGACAAGGAAACUUUGACAGAGGAAAAAUUGCCCGAGCUCGCUAUCCUCUUGGAGGACGACUCCACCCUCGCACAAAAUAUCCUCGACGCCGCCCGUGGCUCGAUGGGCUCAUCCAUAUCGGAAAUCGACAUGCUCAACAUCUCCGCAUUCGCAGCUCGCGUCGUUUCCAUUGCUGACUACCGCAAAUCCCUCGUUAACUACCUAAGCGAGAAAAUGAAUCUUGUCGCUCCGUCUCUUACCGCGUUGUUGGGAGAGCGGAUAGGCGCACGGCUGAUCAGUCAUGCGGGUAGCUUGACAAAUCUGAGCAAGUAUCCUGCUAGUACCGUGCAGAUCCUUGGUGCAGAGAAGGCGUUGUUCCGGGCGUUAAAAACCAAGGGCAACACCCCCAAGUACGGUCUGCUAUAUCACUCCUCUUUUAUCGGCCGUGCAGACCCUAAGCACAAAGGCCGAAUAUCUCGGUUCCUCGCAAACAAAUGCUCUAUUGCCUCCCGGAUAGACUGCUACUCGGAUAACCCAUCCGCAAAAUUCGGCGAGGCCCUCCGCACACAAGUCGAAGAACGUCUCAACUUCUUCGAGACCGGGGCACCACCGACCAAGAAUGUCGAUGCCAUCCGCAAAGUCCUCGACAGUCUUGCACUGGACUUGGAGGACGACGAGGAUGAGGAUAUGGAGGAUAAGCCAGACGCUCAGAUGGAUGAUGCAGAGCCUAUAUUACCCUUGAUUGAAGUCACGCCUAAGAAGGACAAGAAAAAGAAGAGGUCGAGAGAUGAUACGGAUGUGGAUGAAGCGGACGAAGAGCCUGCGGAGAAAAAAGUGAAGUUGUCCAAGGAGGAAAAGAAGGCUUUAAAGAAGGCAGCCAAGGCAGCGCGUAAGGCUGAGGCUGCCGCUGCUCCUGACAAUGGCACCUUUGAGAAAAAAGAAAAGAAAAAAGACAAGAAAGACAAGGAUAAAAAGAAGAGUAAGGCAUGAUAUGAUAUCUGUGGCAUACCUUUUCGUCCCGGUUGUUGUCUUUUUGUAUUUCUGCUUUCAUGAUCGUCUUUGCCCUGAUGGACGGCUGAUUCUUACGUCAACGAUCCGUUCUAGUUAAAAUUCGGUGUACUGCUGACUCGUGCAAUCAACUCCAACCAACACCGUUCGUUUCCCUCGUUCGGCUACCCUCAACUCUAACAUAAUGGUUCUCCGCUGCCACCGUC